CUGCAAACAAACGCUGUGACCGUGCAUCAUGUUUCGUUGGCUUAUGUGGCUGGUUUCGAAACAUUGUAAAGCGUGUACCUUCGUAUUUUUAUCUUUUCUACUCAUACUGAUUUGCAGCUUUAUGGUUAGUUCAUUUUCCCCUUAUGUGCUUAUCAGCGAUAGAAUUCCUAAACCCGACGAAAGACUCGGGAAUUUGAAGGAAGAUGCAAAUGCUACCAUUGAAGCUAUAAACAACUGCUCGCAAACUACGGAUAUAUUGCCAGAUUUCAUCGAGUGUAAAAGGGGAACAUUGCUCUACUCUGCGUGGUUUGAUGAUCGACAUGCUCAAAAUUAUAUCCAGGUAUUGUUGAUGACUUCACGUAGAAACCAACCACCGCCUCUCUCAUGUCGUUUCCCAAAUGGGCCAACUUCUACUAUCUCUGUAGGGGCUGUUACUCCGUAUUAUGAAAUCAACAAACGAUACAGCAACAAACGUUAUGGUCUCUUCGUGGCGUCCUGCAUUCUUUCGAAAGAUUUGGUCGGCAUACCGAAUUUUGUUAACAUCUCGAUAGCUAACGAAUGUAUGGUUGAGUUACCUGUGGGAAACACAAGAAACACAUCUUACAAGAGAGAUUACGGAAUUUGCAUUCCUCCGAUGUUUGGAAAUAUUCGAGUCGCCGAGGUAGUCGAGUUUCUGGAAAUGUCGCAACUUUUAGGAGCGUCAUAUUUUACGUUUUAUGACUACAGUAUCUCUGACAGCGUGAGGAAAAUGCUUAGUUACUACGAAAGAAAAGGGGUAGCAGAAGUUCUUCCUUGGAGUUUACCCACCUAUAUCACAGACCAAGAUGUCCAUUACUAUGGGCAAAUUUUUUCCAUGCAAGACUGUUUGUUCCGGUCAAUAAAUCGUCUCAACUUCGUUGCGUUCAACGAUUUAGACGAGUUUAUAAUCCCGCUUCAGGAUGAAAGCAUGCCUUCUCUACUUUACAGUAUCCACGACUCUAACUAUUGCGGCCACUGUUUUCCAAGCGCACGAUUUCCCACUGUAGAUAGCUUGACUCAAAACUAUUCUCUUUUCACUCAAAACGUUCUACGUCGUUUACCUCAAGCUGAUUCGACACACACCAAAUGCGUUGAUGAUCCACAAAGAGUGUUUGAACAUGGAGUACAUCUUAUCAUGCAACCAUUCGAAGGCUACAAAACUAACCAUGUGAACUGGAACAAAGCUAGAGUUUUCCAUUACAGAAAAUGUCAACCUCCAUGUAACUCGGCCGCUGAUAUGAAAGUAGAUACAACCAUGCAUAAAUACAGCGAGCAAUUGAGAAAGAAUGUGAUUUCAAGCUUCGUUAAAUGUAAGGUCUUUAAUAAUGCAAUAAUCAAUUCAAUAAUCAAUUCAAUUAACAAUAAAAUAAAAUUUUAAGUUAACUGAUGCAUUGAUCGCUUUGAUAUUGUUAUAAAACAAUUAGUUCAUGCGUCAGCGUGCGUAUGUCGAGAUAUUGAGCACUUGGGAAGUUUGGAGAGCACUCAAGAGGCUAGAGUUGCACGAGGCUGCGCCUCGUGCAACUCUUAUACGCCUCUUUCGUGCUCUCCAAACUUCCCAAGUGCUCAAUAUCUCGACAUACGCACAGCUGCAGCAUGAACUAAUUGUUUUAUAACAAUAUCAAAGCAAUCAAUGCAUCAGUUAACUUAAAAUUUUAUUAUUGUAGAGCGCGCUCAAAGCAGUACGCGUCAAUGUUUACGUGAGUAUAUUUUUUUUCCUCUCAGUUAAGCUUAUGUUUUUAUCCUGAAACUGAGAGAAAUUGUACUCUAAAAUGAUUGUAAAAUCCAUACUUAGGUGCCGGAAAACUAUUAAAUUACCGAAAAAUUGUUAUUGAGAGAAAACAACUUUGCAAAGAAUGAUCUCACGCCAUAGCCCGCACAGCUCGCGGAGAUGACAACAACAACAACAACAACACUCGCCUCUUUUCCUUACUGUCGAUUAACAAAUUCAAACGUUUCCUCCUAAAUUUCCUUAUAAAACACAUGGUAAACGCUUCAUUGUCUAUUGCUGAGUUAUGGAUGCACUCAGGAGACUCAGGAUUGCUAAGCUCCCAACAACUCGAGGAAUUACGAAUAGUUUAUUGACGUCAUCAGCGUGCUCAACAGGAAUAUGAAGCACGCUCGCGCUAUUGAAUUUGAUUAGGCGAAUUUUCUAGCUAUGUGAUAAUAAUGAAUCGUUUUCAUUUCUACUGAAGAGUCAAUUAGUUUGUAAACCUGCGUAGUAUAAUUGGAGUUAAUAAAAAUUAACCAAGCUUUUAAAACGUUACGUGGGUGAACCGUUUAACACUGUAUUGUAUUUUGUAUGUUAUUUUUACUCCAUCCUAUAGAUAAUACAUUAGUUGUACAAAAUCAAUUAGUACAAGGUUGAUUAAACUACGUGUACAUAAUAAAAAAAAGAAAGUUAUGGC